AACUGGACCUACGCGAGUCAGGCAAAGCUCAGAAAGUUUCUUGCCUCGUGGGGUCAAAAAUGAGGGAAGUGUGGCUUAAAGGUGACGAGAUGGAGGUGGCUCUUCAAAGGGUGGUCCGCCAGCUUCAAAUGUACAUUGAUAUCAGCGAAUGCCCCUUUCCUCAUGUCAUGAGGGCUGGUGCUGUGUUCGUUCCCAUGUUGGUGGUCAAAGAGGUGCUGUUUCCUCAGGUUCAAGGCACAUUCAUAGACCAGGUUCUUCAGGAGCAUCGGGUGGAGCUCCGGCCCACCACGCUUUCAGAGGAAAGGCAACUCACUCAACUCCACAGAAAGGCUUUCUCUUCAAAACUCCGGAGACUUCUGUCCCUUAAACACCUGCCUGACAUAUACCCUGAUGUCCUCAACCUCCUCUACCAUGCCAAUGUCUGCAAGUUCCUCGAUUCCACUGCUACAGAUGGUGUCCAAAAAACGCCCAGGAGCUGAAACCAGCAUAACCAUCAAGAGCGAGAGCACGGACAGCACAGAUGAAUCCACCAGCUGUGUGAAUGGAGCUGAAGAAUUCAACCUCGAGUGCUCCAGAACACUCACACCCCAAAGCUCUCUCGUAGAACAAACAUACUGCCUGAAUACAAAGAAGAAAAGUAGAGUAAAGAUCUCCUCCAAGAAGACCUUUUUAGACCACAG